ACAUCUGCAGUCCGGGCAUCCCGUCCCUACCCCCCUUAGUGCGCGAGAGUGACAGGUGUUCCAAGACAAACCUGCUCGAGCGCAAAGCAGACUAAUCGAACAAUUGCUUUUACUUAGUCCCUCCUGCAGCUGCAGUCAGAUUAGCACAGUCAUCUGUUACAAAGCCAUUUCAUUUUCUAUAAAUGACUUAGCUGUCAUCAAAUGAAUAAAAGUCAGGCAGAAGUUUGUUCAGAUGUGUUCAAGACGAUUUUAAUAAAAGUUCCAAGCAUGCAAAUUAAACAUAUAAAUCUAUAGCUCACACACAUUAAACAAGUGCAUGCAUAGUUUUAAAUGCAGUUAAGAAUAUUUAUUAUUUAAAAGCAGCAUAAAAAGUGUUUGUGUCUGGAGGCAUAAAUAGGUAUAAGUCUCAAUUGCUAAAUACAGCUGAACUUUGCUCAGCUGAUCCUUUAUCUUCCCCCAUCAGCAGAUGGGGAGUGUUUCCAUAGCAAAAGAGAAGCACGUCCAGAUGCCACGCGCCGUAAGUCAAGCCAUGCAAAUUAGCCACGCGUAUGUGAGGAGAUCAGCAAUAGGUAGCCUAAUAAAAAACCUUCAACACAUCAAAUCAUUAGCAAAAGUCUGAUAAAAUCACCAAUUUGUGAUAAAAGUUAUAAAUGUGAAUUAUGUUAACUUAACAAAAAUGCUUGAUCGAGCAAUAUCGACCCCAAUAACCCCCCUUUUUUUUUUCUUAAAACAACUAAAACACCAAAAACUAAAGCAUAUGCCCAACUAUUCGCAGAUUGGGUAAUGAUGGAAUAUGUAGGCAACUUGCUUGUUAAUUCACUCAUGAUUGUUUUGAACAACGUCAAUAUUUUACACGCAUAACUUAACUUUUUCCACUAUUUAGUUCAAACAGUAAAAUAUUCCAUGAACAACAAUUAUAAAAAUAGUAAAAGACUGUUUAGUGUUUACAAUUAUUUCUGAUGGAAUAAUAGCAUGUCACACCGCAGAACAUGCAAACUUUUUAGUCCCUUAUGUCAACAACCCAUGCAACAAUACUUUUCAGUUGUUGAAUUUAUGCCAUAUCUUUUGAGUUGAAAAAGUCGGUCUGUUUAAUUAAGGACAAAGGCGAAAAGAUCAGAGUUUGAUCCUUUCUUACAGUUCUAUAGAUGCCAUGCAUGUCUAAAGGCACGCGCCUUGGAUACGUCCGUUUCUUUAUUGUUCUGAACAGCCAAUCAGAACGCGGGGUGCAAACGCGUGCCACUGUCUCACUAUAAGUACGGCUCGCGUGUCAGGUAGAAACUCAUUCCCAACUUAUUUCGCUCAGCUCGAGCCACUACUGUACUGCAGCUACUGUAUACUUUAACCCCAAACCAAGAUGGUUAAUGAAGGAAAAUCUCUGUCCGAAGCCCUGCUGUCUGCCAAGGCGGAGGGUCGCCUCACUGUUGGCGUCUACGAGUGCGCAAAAAUAAUGAACGAAGACCCUGACAGUGUGUCUUUCUGCCUUUUGGCCACUGAUGACUUUGAGUGUGACGUCGCUCUCCAGAUUCACUUCACUUUGAUCCAAGCGUUUUGCUUUGACAACGACAUCAGCAUCGUCAGAGUAAACGACCUGAAACGUCUCAAUGCUCUUGUUGGAGGCAAGGGUCAACUGGAGGACGCUCAUUGUGUCCUCAUAACGAACCCAGCUGAGGACUCCUGGGAGGAUCCAGCUCUGGAGAAGCUUCACCUGUUCUGUGAAGAAAGUCGCAGCUAUAACGAGUGGGUUCCUGAGAUCACUCUCCCCGAGCGUUGAUCUGAGCCUGCACUCUUCUCUGUUGAGAUGCUGUAAACCUUGAGGAAUACUCUGCUCAUCCUUUGAAGCAAGGAUGAUGAUGUUUCCACAUCCCUGGAUGCUCCUGAGGAGGCUGAACCGUCCAGGCAGCGCGAGGCAGGCCCGAGUGGCCCUCGCGGUUCUACGUCGUUCCUCGUCCCGUCCAUGCCAAGAUGAUCCUCAUUCUUUAUGUGAAUGAGGUCAGGUAUGCCACGAGAGCGACACAAUGGCCCUCAUUCUUUGUGCGGAUGAGGUUUGGAGAGGAAGGAGAAGCGAGUUUUGUUUCUGUUCCACAGAGCAAAUAUCGCAUGCGUUGGACACGCAGAGGACGCGGCGGUGCGUCGAAGCAACGUUUUUAAAAAUGGACUUUAACAUCUCGGACGUUUUUAAAAAUGAAAUUGCUGUACAAUAUAACGUACCUUAUUGUCGGCAAUGUGCUUUCCACUUUCCAGAAUUGUCUUAUUCUCUAAAGGUUUCACUUUAGAAAUAUUAAUAUGACAUAAAAGGGGGAAAAAAAACCUUAAAAAUCACUAAAGGUUUAACUUUAGAAACAUUUGAUUUGGAAAAAAAAGAAAAAAAAGUUUAAAUAUGCUCUUAAUUUUUUGUAAACAAAGGAAAAUGGAAAAAAAAAUGUGAACAUGAUUAAAUUUGUCUAAAUUUUCACUUUAGGCUGUUUUGUAUGAGACAAAAAAUGAAUAAAAAUAAAAGAUAGUGUGAA